AUGCCUGGCCUGCGACUGCAAGGCUGCCGUUCCCUGCACUUAAACGAAGACAACGGGCGCUUUGUGCUGCUCGCCAUCCUCAUAGUGGUGUACCUCUUGUGCGGCGCUGCGGUCUUCUCUGCCAUAGAGCGGCCGUCAGAGGUGCGGGCUCACGGCCGCUGGAACGGGACGCUCCACAACUUCAGCGAGACGUUCAACAUCAGUCUGCGGGAACUCAACUCAUUUCUUCGGGAGUACGAGGCGGCCAUCGCCGCAGGGAUCCGGGCAGACGCUCUCAGACCAAGAUGGGAUUUUACAGGAGCUUUCUAUUUUGUUGGGACCGUGGUGUCAACUAUAGGUGGGUGA